ACUCCCAUGAUGCAACGCAUUCGUGUGCGCAGUUUCUGACAGAUCCGAAGAGACGCCUGCCGUUUUAGCUGAGGGACACCGAAUGACUUUGUGCCCGAGUGCUGCAGGGUAAAGAAAGUUGCCUAUUUGACAGGUCAGCAUUUGUAUCGGAGCUCAUGGAGGCCCUCAUACCUGUCAUAAACAAGCUUCAAGAUGUAUUCAACACGGUCGGCGCAGACAUCAUUCAGCUGCCGCAGAUAGUUGUUGUGGGAACUCAGAGCAGUGGGAAGAGUUCGGUUUUGGAGAGCCUGGUUGGCAGGGACAUCCUGCCGCGUGGCACUGGUGUUGUCACACGCCGGCCCCUUAUCCUACAGCUAGUGCACAUCGACCCAGAUGACCGCAGGAAAACCAGUGAAGAGAAUGGCAUCGAUGGAGAGGAAUGGGGCAAAUUCCUGCACACCAAAAACAAGAUCUUCACAGACUUUGAGGAGAUCAGGCAAGAAAUUGAAGCAGAAACAGAGAGAAUUUCUGGCAAUAACAAGGGUAUUAGUGAUGAACCCAUUCACCUGAAAAUCUUCUCACCACAUGUUGUGAACCUCACAUUGGUGGACCUUCCCGGCAUUACAAAGGUUCCAGUGGGAGACCAGCCCAAAGACAUAGAAAUCCAGAUCAGAGAACUGAUCUUUAAAUACAUCUCCAACCCCAACUCCAUCAUCUUGGCUGUGACGGCUGCCAACACAGACAUGGCGACCUCAGAGGCCCUUAAAGUGGCCCGUGAGGUUGACACAGAUGGGAGGAGGACGCUGGCAGUGGUUACCAAGCUAGACCUGAUGGAUGCUGGUACUGAUGCCAUGGAUGUACUGAUGGGCAGGGUCAUUCCUGUAAAACUGGGCAUUAUAGGCGUAGUUAACCGGAGUCAGCUGGAUAUCAAUCAAAAGAAGUCGGUGGCAGAUGCUAUCCGUGAUGAAUAUGCCUUCCUGCAAAAGAAGUACCCAUCCCUUGCAAACAGAAAUGGAACCAAAUAUCUAGCCAGAACACUGAACAGGUUACUCAUGCACCACAUCAGAGACUGUCUUCCGGAGCUGAAGACGAGGAUCAACGUGCUGGCAGCGCAGUACCAGUCUUUACUAAACAGUUAUGGUGAGCCUGUCGAGGACAAGAGCGCCACGUUGCUGCAGCUCAUCACCAAGUUUGCUGCAGAGUACUGUCGCACCAUAGAGGGCACGGCCAAGUACAUUGAGACAGCUGAACUAUGUGGUGGAGCAAGAAUCUGUUAUAUAUUCCAUGAAACGUUUGGUCGCACAUUGGAGUCAGUUGAUCCUCUAGGCGGUCUGACAACCAUUGAUGUGCUCACAGCCAUCAGAAAUGCAACGGGUCCGAGGCCUGCGUUAUUUGUGCCCGAGGUUUCCUUUGAGUUGCUGGUGAAGCGGCAGGUCAAACGGUUGGAGGAGCCCAGUCUGCGCUGCGUGGAGCUGGUUCACGAAGAGAUGCAGAGGAUCAUCCAGCACUGCAGCAACUACAGCACACAGGAGUUAUUGAGGUUUCCAAAGCUCCAUGAUGCCAUAGUAGAAGUGGUCACCUCAUUACUCAGAAAAAGACUCCCCGUUACCAAUGAAAUGGUUCACAACCUGGUUGCCAUUGAGCUGGCCUACAUCAACACCAAACACCCUGACUUUGCUGAUGCCUGCGGCCUCAUGAACAACAACAUAGAAGAGCAGAGACGCAACAGAAUGAGAGACCUGCCCGCCGCUGUCCCCCGAGAUAAGUCUUUCAAAGGCCCAGGUGGGCAGUCUCUCUCCCCCUCUGAGCCUCCUGCCCCUGAGGGCGAGGUCACAAAGGCGGCAGCCGGUGGCUCGCAGAGCAGCUCUGUCAGCGAGCAGGCAGACAGCGGGACGGGGAGCUGGAGGGGCAUGCUGAAGAGGGGAGAGGACCCUGCAGCUGGAGACAGGGCUGCACCACAACCCCCUUUUCCUUCAAGCCCACAGAAGGGUUACGCUGUCAACCUGCUAGAUGUGCCCGUCCCAGUAUCCAGGAAGUUGUCUGCUCGAGAGCAGAGGGACUGUGAGGUCAUCGAGAGACUCAUCAAGUCGUACUUUCUUAUCGUUCGGAAAAACAUCCAGGACAGUGUACCAAAGGCUGUGAUGCACUUCCUGGUAAACCAUGUGAAGGACUGCCUGCAGAGUGAGCUGGUGGGUCAGUUAUACAAGACGGCCCUGCUGAACGACCUGCUGACAGAGUCCGAGGACAUGGCUCAGAGACGCACUGAGGCUGCUGACAUGCUCAAGGCAUUGCAGAAAGCCAGCCAAGUGAUAGCAGAGAUCAGAGAAACCCACAUGUGGUGAGGGCGGCCUCUCUACAGCAAGCUCUCUUCAUCCCUCAAGAACCCUUGGACAACCAAACACCUGCUGACCCUCCCGGUACCUCAGACUGCAGAGAUGAACAACUUUGAGAUGCACUGGUGUGGAUAUGUGUAUAUCAAAGCAUAGUUUUAAUGUACGGUGUGGACUUGGUGCAGUAUCACUCCCUGACCAUAAGCAUCACACAUUCUCCUGCACUAGAUUAUUAUAUUUUUCUUAUGUAAUUAAAUCGACCUGUAGAUAAUGUUAUACAUCACCACUAUGUGGAGCCUUGCUGAGGAAUGUCUGUUCUUAAUUUAGAUUUGAAUUAAAGCUAGAAAUAACAAACCCAAAGCAGAACACGUGGAUGUUUUCUUCAUUAUGUUCAGUUCUUUUAAUAGACGUGGACAAAAUGUGUCUGCUGGUGAUUGUUCCAAAUAAAUGCAGUAUUUUACUCCA